AUGUCCUCGUCCACGGCCGCGCCGACAUCAUCUGACGGGUCAUCCUCGUCGGCAGCCCCGACCGCAGGGGGGAGAGCAGGAGCGCCCCCCAUCGACCCCAUCCUGCGCAACACCCUUCGAUAUACCGUCUCCGCGGGUGAGUAUGCCGCCCUGCACAAGUACAUCAUCUCUCGAUCAAGGGGCUUGCGUAAGGCGGCACCGUCGCCGGCAAGCGUCGACAAGGCUCUGCGACCGGAAAAGCCCAAGGGAGGAGGUGCAAGAGGAGGUCCUGCUGGGCAGGAUGACUUCAACGCUCGUGCUGUGCGGCAUGCGUUACGCGUGUUUGCCGUUACGUGGCUCGGUAUGAAGGGAUUCGACGCCGUCUCCAAGCGCCUCAAGAGUAGCGAGUCACCGUCCAAGAAACCUGCCAAGACGCGGUUUCACAAGUCCUCCGCCUUCAGGCUGUCGCUCUCGCUGUCGACGAUCCUCCUCCUCUACCGCCUCCUCUUCCGCUUUCUCACCCGUCUGCGCGCGCACCUCCUCGAGUCGCAGGUCGAGCCGUUCCGCCGCCGCAACCCGCGCACCACGGCCGCCCUGACGUCGGCAUACACGCCUGCCGUGGGCGCAUCGCUGGCCGGCCUAGCCCUCGGCGUGUUCCCGUCGCAGCAGAUGCGCGUGUCCCUCGCCAUCAUGACCAUGUUCCGCGCGCUGGAGUUUGGGUGGAACAUGUGUGAGGCCGACGGCGUCAUCUGGGGCUCCGUCAGUGGCCGCAAGAGGGAGCGUCCCUGGUGGUUUGGCAGCUGGAUGCUGCAGCCUCUGGCGUUCGGUCAGCUGUUCCACGCUUCCGUCCUUGACAGGGAUUGUGUUCCCAAGACGCUUAGCGACCUCUUCCUGGGCAUGUCGUCGGGCUACCUGCAGCCACGGCCUGCCGACUGGCCGGUGAAACUCAAGUGGCCCGGUGCUGGUCAGAUCGUCGACAACAUUGCCGAGAUGGCACGCCUCAACUGGCCCAGUGCCUUCAUCUCACCUACGCUGUUCCCGAAGAAGGAGAACGUGCUCCCGCCGACCCUGACAUCCCUAUCGCCGCUCACAUCGCGCGCCCACCCUCUGAUCAGUCCGCUGUCGUGCGCGACGCUCCACCCGUCGGAUCCGUCGUGCCUGCGCACGUACCUGACCUUCUGGAUCAGCUCGUUCCCGUCGUUUGCCCGCCUGCUGCUCAUCGCCUACUCGGCCCUGACGCUCACCCCGCAGCUGCGCGACCUGUACCACCGCCCGCUCACCAUGCUCCGCCGCAUGGUCUCGCGGGCCCUGCGCACCUCGACCUUUGCCACGGGCGCCCUCUCUACGGCCUGGGCGUCCGUAUGCUUCUUCCAGACCUGGCUGCCGCGCCACGUCCUGGCCACGCAGCGCCUCUUCAUGGGUGGCUUCCUCGCCGGCCUGUGGGCGUGGGUCGAGCGCCGCCACGGCAGGGGCAUCUUCCUGUACACGGCACGCGCUAGCGUCGACAGCCUCUGGAAGGUCGGCGUCAAGAGGCGCUGGUGGAAGGCCAUGCGCGGCGGAGACGUCUGGGUGUUUGUCCUGGCCCUCAUGGUGACGGGCGUCGUGUACGAGCGUGACGCCACGGCUAUCCGGGAGGCGCAGUGGAGGAAGGGCAUGAGCUGGGUCCGGGGCGAGGGCUGGAGGGACUGGGCCGCGGAGGAUGACGACGACGACGACGAGGAGCAUGUCAAGGAAGAAUAA